ACCUUUGAUAAUAACAUCGAUAACAUCGAUGUUUUCCACCUGUAAUUGUCUGCCGCAGCAUUGGAUUAUUUAUUUAAAAUGGAAACUGAACUCGACGGCUCUGAACUUGGAACUAAAGAAUACUGGGACUCCAGCUAUACGCGCGAAAUUGGAAACUACAAAAACCAUGGUGACGUUGGGGAGAUCUGGUUCGACGAAGACUCUCAGCAGCGCGUAAUUGACUGGCUGGUGAAGCAGAAGAUCGACAAGCAGGCCCGUGUAUUGGAUUUGGGAUGCGGCAAUGGGAUGUUCCUUGUGGGACUGGCUAACGAAGGAUACGAACAGUUGACUGGUGUGGAUUACUCUGCGAAUGCAGUGGAAUUGGCGAAGAACAUUGCCCAGGACAAUCAGAUGAAUAUCACCUACAAAGUGGCGGAUUUAACGCAGCCCCAGGACGAAUUGGGAGCCUUUGACGUGGUUCAUGAUAAGGGCACCUACGAUGCCGUUAGUCUCUGCCCAGAGAAUCCCAAGGAGAAGCGCUCUUUGUACCUGGCCACGGUGGAAAAGUUACUCAGCUCUGCGGACAGCCUAUUUGUUAUCACAUCUUGCAACUGGACCGAAGACGAGCUAGUCCAUAGCUUCGCCGAAAAACUGGUCAAAUAUGCUACUAUCCCCACACCCACAUUUAAGUUUGGGGGCAAGGUUGGGAAUGUGGUUACCUCAGUUGUGUUUAAAAAAAGAUGAAUGUUUUUUUAUUUGUAUAUCUGAUUGCAUUUGAUGAAAACAUCUUAUAGAUUUAAAAAUAUAUAAAAAAUAUACACGUUAAAAUGCUUUGACUAUCA